ACGAAAUGCUACACACUGAUAUGGGCAUGCACACAUACACACACACACACACACACACACUUGCGCGCGCCUUUCCCUACCCGCGACCUCCCUGUCCUCUCCACCUGCUUCACUGCCUAGAACUGACGAAUCGGAGGUUCACCUGCUGCAUCUUUUCUAUCUACUCGUACAAUCCCUUUUCAAGUCCCCGUCCUUUUUAUCUUGAAAAACUUUCACCGCCCCCUCCCCUCCCUUUCGGAGAAGGAAGGAGGAGAAAGGAAAAGAAAAGGGGUGGAAGUGCGCUGGGGCUGGAUGGCACCAGCCCUCCCCGCGCCCCCACCCCCACCCCAACUCGGCUGCUGUCACGUGGUUCUUGUAGUGGGAGGUGGGAAGAAGAGGCGAGACUUUUUUUUUUGGGUGCUCUGGCUCUCCGGGUAGUUUCCUUCACUAUCAGCUGCAAACUCCUGAGGCGCGGCACUCCGCGGAGACAGCCAAAGCGAGCAGAGCGAGUAGAGCGCGCAGAGCUCAGAAUCCGUAGCUUGGAGCCCCGGAGCGACGAAGCCCGGAGCCCCGAGCUGGGCGAUGCGGGCGCUGCUGGCUGCACCUGGGGCUUCUUUCCGUGGCGGCUACAGUAGCACGGGCGGCUGCAGCGCGGGCCAGAGCAAAAGCAGCUGGAGUCGCCACAACCAGUGCUGUCUCUGAUGCACCUUCCUCUCCCAGCCUGGCGGCUCUGGGAGGAUGUGGUUCCUCGGUAUCGCUACUACUUUUUGGGGAUUGUUUUUGCUUCCAGGAUUCGCUCUCCAGAUCCAGUGUUAUCAGUGUGAAGAAUUCCAGCUGGAUGAUUGCUCCUCCCCUGAGUUCAUUGUGAACUGCACAGUCAAUGUCCAAGACACUUGUCAGAAGGAAGUAAUGGAACAAAGUUCUGGCAUCCUGUAUCGCAAGUCCUGUGCAUCGUCUGCUGCCUGUCUCAUUGCCUCAGCUGGAUACCAAUCCUUCUGUUCCCCAGGGAAAUUGAACUCAGUCUGUAUCAGCUGCUGUAAAUCCUCCCUCUGCAAUGGGCCACGGCCCAAGAAAAGGGGCAGCUCGGCCGCAAUGCCAAGGGCAAGGCUCCCCACCACCAUUCUUCUCUUGAAACUGGCCUUCUUCUCAGUGCACUGCUGAAAGAGAAGGAUGCUCCCUCCAACCCCGACUCUUGUUCAUUUGGCUCUCUGUCCUCCCUGAACUCCUUUGUUUAUCUUCUGAAACAAUGCUCCUAUAGCAGGACCUCUGUUAUAUUUUUCCUUUGCUUCCUUAAUGAAAGAGCUCGGUGUAAAAGGGGGCUGGUCAGGAAAAUCCCAGAAAGCAACAUUUUUGUAACCUUUGACUGAAUUUUCAAUGUGCACUUAAAAAGGGGGUGGCAGGUAGAAGAUGAGGGAUUCUGGAAAUCAUAUGUUCCCUUUGUGUUAUUAGAAACCAGGUCAACUUUUUCAAAAAUCAGCACUUAAUGGCAUCCAGGUGGAUCACUUUAUUUUGUUGAGUUUCCCGACUUUCUUUCCUCAGUGGUUUCUUUUGUUUGUUUUGAGGGGUUGCAGGGAUGGGAGCGGGGUCACUUAGUAAGGACUGCCUUAUUUGGAAUUCAUACUUCAUUUUCCCUCAGGUUGUUCUCUGCACCCAGAGUGGGCUCAGGAACAACCUCCAGUGGUUUGCUUUCUGAGUUGGGCUCUAGUGAUUCAAGACUCAAUUGCUGAGGCUUGGCCUCACUCUGAAAAGUGCUUAAGCAAACCUUGUUAGUUCUCCUUGCAGAGGCAUUGUGCCAUGAUGAAAUGAAGAUCAAUGGGCGGGCAGAGCGGCCACUGCUGGUUGUGGAAUUCAAAUGGGCCCUGAGCAGUUUCUCUCUGUUGGCAUGCUCCAGAGUCAAGUGACAGCAGAGAACUUGCCGGAACACCUCGCGGAACUGCCUUGACGAGAUGUUGUAUAGGAGCGGGUUGAUGACGGAGCUGAGGUAAAAGAAGGUAUCGGCAAAGGGAAGGAGAAUCAUGUAUGCCCUGAAAUAGGAGCGAGUCCAAUCCUGCUUCGGUUUUGCUGCAGCCAUGAGCCUUCGAAUCUGGUUUGGCAUCCAGCAUACUGCUAGAGUCACAACAAUCAGUCCUGAGAGAGAGAGAGAGAGAGAGAGAGAGAGAGAGAGAGAGAGAGAGAGAGAGAGAGAGAGAGAGAACAAAAUAGCAUGUGAAAAAAAUCAUAAAAUAUUUAGUCUCUCAGUUCUGCACUUAUCAGCUAGGAAAUGGUACCAAUUUUUUCAUGUUUUGCUUGACAGCUUUUUCUGCCACUAGCAAAAAAAACACGCACACACACAUACAAAAAACAAAAAACAAAACACUGUUUCAAGGCCAGGGUAGUUGGCUGUAUUAAAAACCAUUAAAUGUAUAGAUGGGGUUUAUUUAUACUAUGGAUGUUUGUUCAUUUUAAAAUGGUUUCAUUGAUAUUUGUAUCUUUGGAAAAUAUUUUAUGUGGUUUAUGAAUUUGGUUUAUUCUUGUUUUCCUUUUUCUUCCUUUUAAAAAUAUAGCCAUAUUAGAUUCAGCAAUGUCUAUAAAAGACUAGACUUUGUACUUUACAAGAUGUAGAGUUGGCAUUAUUUUUGGCAAUCUUCCUCUUAGAGAGAAUAUUUUUAAGUCAAAUUAAAGUGUAUAUAUACAUAUACACCCUUUUGAUGGGACUGGACACAUAAUUAUGUUGGAUUCUUAUUAAAUUCAAGUAGAAUUGGACUUUUGGAUGGCUUAUGCCACUGAGAACUCCAAAUGAGUAGAUAGAUGCCAUUCAGUGCUUGUUAUUCACCAUUCUCAUGGUUGACAUUUUAUGGCACAUUUUGUGUAUUCACAGUACUUUCCCAUUCAUUAUCAUUUGGCACUCUCCCUCAGAGAGGAUUUGUUUUAAUGGCUAACCCUAAAAUCAGUCUAACUGGGCUUAGGACUUGAGUCCUUCACAGGUCUUUAACAAUGCUUCCUCCCUUUCAAUUCUAUUGUUCUGUAGUCUAGAAAAAUAAUGGUCUCCCAAGGAGAAGAAAGUAUUUGCAUAAGUAUUUAUAAAGUGUAAUUACAGAGAACCCUCUAGUAUGAUUAAAAGUAGUAUUUAUAUCUAUACAUUCCCAUAUACUCUCAGGGCCCUUACAUAUAAGAUCAUUGGUAGUUAUGCUACUUUGAUGGAGCAUGAGAUGCAAUAUACAAUAUACUUAACAAAAAAAGCCUUGACUGCUUGUCUAAGUUGGAUAAGAAACUAAGGGAAACACGAAGACCACAUAUCUGUAUCAAGGUUCUUUCAGCUGCUGAGGAGACAUUCAGCCAUAUUGAGGAGAAUUCACAUUUCUAUAGAACUUUAAGGUUUUCCAAAUGCUUUCCUCACAAUCUUAGAGCUGGUUAAAGAGCAAAGAUUUGAACCUACAUCUCCUAACUCUCCACUACACCAUGCUGCCUCUCAUGAAAUUAUAAUGUAGUCCUAGAGGCAACUCCCAUUUGAAGAGAAACAUUUCAUAGAAGUGCUUUGUUUUUUAGAAAGGUUUUUUUUUCUUUCUGUUGUUUUGUUUCUUUUUAUUUGGAUAACACAGCAAAAGGCAGUAUUCCUUAUUGCUUUCAAACAUACCAAUCUACUAACAAGCCAUAGGGAAACAAUUACUGGCAAAGGCCUCUUCCUGUCUGAGAUCACAAAUGAAUAUUUUUAUAAUAAAAAUUGCUCCAGGAGAAGUGAACACAUUUAAGUAAAGCCAGAGUUGGCAGUCCCACUUGGGCUUGUCUUGGCAUCUCUUUGUUCAGUAGUGGAUGUGCCUUGGGUGGAUUCUCAGCAGUGAUUCGAAAGUGGCACUGCUCACCCAGUCAGUCUUUAGAGAAUAAGUGAAUUCACUUAGGGGGGGAGGGGGGAAACAACAUGGGUCAAUGAUGACUUUAUUUCACAGGUCAUUUUGUGAUCACUUUAAUUUUCGACAGUUUCUGAUGUAUCAAGAUGUCGGGUGGUACAAUGGAUGGAGCGUCAGACCUGGAGUCAGGAAGACCUGAAUUCAGAUUCAGUCUCAGAUACUUAUUAACUGUGUGAUCCUGGGCAAGCCACUUGACCUCUUUCUGCCUCAAUUCUCUCAUUUGUAAAAUGGGGAUAAUCAUAUCAACUAUCUCUCAUGGUUGUUGUGAAGAUUAAGUAACAUCAUAAUUAUCAAGUUCUUGGCAGAGUGCCUGACACAGAGUAAGUGCUAUAUAAAUGUUAGCUUUUAGUAUUACUUUCUUCUCUAUGUAAGAGGUGCCCUUAAAACACUUAUUAUUUCUAAAUAUAAAACCAGGAAAUUUUACUUAACAAUAAUAAUCUGUUCUGAACUAAACUGUCUGAAUUAUCCAGUUACAGAUACUAGGCUGAAAAAAAGACUCACUUUUUUUCUGCAUAGGAGAGAAAGGAAUUGCUUACUUAAAAAACAGAAGGCAUACAUAUGACCACUUGGAGUUUUCUGUACCCUGUUUAUCUUCCAGUUUCUGUAAAGUUACUGUUAUUUUCAGUACCACUACCUUAAUUGUGAAGAAGAUAGGAAGCUUGCCAUAUUAAGUUGAAGGCAUAUUCUUUGACCAAAUUCGUAGGUUCUUUUUAUCCAUCAUUGACUCUCAGAGCCCACGUACAGCCUUCUUCAUCUGAUGGCUGAUUUACCAGGAUAUGAAAAAUUGAACAUAGGGUUUUAGGGUGUUGAACUCUAUUGUGGGAAGCUAUACUUAAAACAAUCCAGGAAAUGGAAAUCCGGGGGUGGGUGGAGGGAACAAAAGCAGUUAUGAGUUACACAUAACAGUACAUUCAAGCUAAGGAAAAGGAGUUUUCAGACUAGAAGAAGAAAAUGUAGUUGUGGGGCAAGAUCAGAGAACAAAGAAUAUUAUUUUUCUUAGGUAUUAACUACUAUUGCUUGGAAUUUUUUACAAAUGGACAUAGCUGUUAUCUUUGACUGGUAGUUACUCUACAUCAAAGAACAGUUUUUAAGAUGGGCUUCUAGUAUUUGGGCUUCUUCCUUUUGCACAUCUUCCAAACUCUGACCUCCACCACUACCAUCACUCCCUUACCCACAGCCACACAUACAUAAUGCAGGCCCCUGGUUUUUAGCUAUGGCUCAAAGGACAUUAUCAAAAAGAUCUUGGGGUCUCAGGUUCUUCUUCUGUAAAAGGAAGGGAUUGAAUAAUCUCUAAUGUCCCUUCUAGCCCUCAGUGUUAUGAUCCUCUGACCAGAAAGACCUAAAAGAAGCUCCUUCCAUAGGUUAAAGUUUUCCACCUCUGUUUUUCUUAUAGCCCACAACUUUACUCUGUAGAGCUUGGCUUUGAGAGAAUAAGUUUAUCCCACAUCUUCAUAUGGAGUUAUAGUAGGUGACUCUAGAUUCCACAGCUGAGGCCAAAAUAUAUAACUACCAGAUUUUGGUUAUGUUGUUUCUAUUCUUAUGAAUACCUGUCUCUGUCAAAAAAAAAAACUAACUGCUUUUGAACCACUUGGCAAUAACAGUUACCUCCUUCUACCCGGAGAGUGAAAAGAAUAAAUGAGUAACUCAUGUCUUCUUUCUUUUUGUUUUUAAAUCUGUACCUUCUGUCCUAGAAUCAAUACUAAAUAUAGAUAGCAAGGCAGAAGAGAUGUAAGAGCUAGACAAUUGGGGUUAAGUGACUGACCCAGAAAGUGUCUGUUGUUGGAUCUGAACCCAGGAUCUCAUGUAUAGGCUUGACUCUAUCCACUCAGCCACCUACCUGCCCCCAUCCACUUGGAUUUUGAAAAGUAACUUUUUUUCAAGGGAAGCUAAGCAUUAAGUAUACCGGGAAAGUUAAUGACAAAUGAGACACAUGUCCUUGGGCAGUGUGAUGAAGGUUAGUCUUACAGGGAGGAAUCUAACCCCCCUCCCUGAAGAAUUUGUCAUUUUUAUAAAGACGAGUAAUUGCUCAGUUUUAUGCAUUGAAACAAUAGGCAUUAUUUUCUGCGCCAUGCACUUUUAUGCAUGAGUACCAUGGCCACUGCCAGAUUCUUAGCUACUGUGCAGCUCCAAGACAAAGUUGUACCGUUUUGUUCAUAUUUUAAUACAGCAUAUUAAAGAUUUUGGUAAUUUGUGUUGAAAUGCAAUCAAUUUGGACUUGUAUAUUACCUUUGGAAAAUCUAUAAAGUAUUGGUCUGUGUCGUGUAAUGUGUAAAAUACACUCAAACAAUUUUAGGGUGAACUUGAAUGAAGAUCAGUGAGCCAAACUCACUGAAAAUAGGUAUACUAAUAUUUGAACAUAAAUGUGUUGUAAUCUGGGUUAAAAAAUACCUUUGCAUCUUAGUUGUUUUUUUUUCUGUAUAAAUACUUUCAUUUUAUCAUCCUUCAUUAGCAUACUAAAACCGAUAAGGGCUAUUAAAGGAUGAGACAGAUUUUCUCUCAAUGGAAUAAUGUUGUUUAAAAAACAGAAGUAAUGCAGAUGUCCAACAACUUCCUUCAAUGAAGCUUGAAAUUUCAACAGUGUUCGAAUCCAUCUGCUUGGUUUAAUCUUCAAAGGUGCAUUAAGCUAUGCAAUCCGACACUUGGUGACAUUGAUAUAUAUCUCACUCUGUAUUUGGGUUUUUCCCCUCCCAUUCUUUGAGGAUAAGUGUAGUUUCCUUUAAUUCAUCUGAGAAUCAAAGAAUGUUAGGGUGGUACAUGAGCCUUAUAAGUGUCUAAUCUUACUCCAAGGUUUCCAGAGGAAGAAAAUGAGACCAACAAAGGUUACAUGAUUUGCUGGGAGUCACAGACUUGGUUGGUGGCACAGUCAGUCAUAGACUUCACCUCUCCUUGAUGCUCAUAAGUCCAUUGAGUAUUCUACUACAUCUGUGCUGUCUCUGUAUCUUAGGUUCUGAUCUCAAUUGACAGUAGGCUAUAGGACUAUCCUAUCACCUUCUUAACUCCUUUGGAAACAGAGACCAUAAUUUCCAACCUUGCCCUUGAUGCAGUAUCAAUGUAGCCUUGGGGAAACAUUUUUCAUUGAAGAAUUACUAAUUUCAACCAACACUUUUUAGUGAUCAGUUGCCCAUAAUUUGGAACUUAUUGAGAAAGACCAGCUGUGAUGAUAUACUGAGGGUCCUAUAAAUAGAUAAUGCCUUGAAUUGCUUUAAUUGCAAUAUGCUAUAUAAACCCAAAGUAUAUAAAUAUUUUUCAGACGUCUUAGUCAGAUUUGGGUUAUUGGCUUCUUGUUAUCAGUAACGACAGCUCUGAAGAAUAUCAGUUUAAGGAGGUAUCUCCUAAUCAAAUUUUAUUCUGACAAUCAGAAAAGAUUUGGCAGUUCCCUGAUUUCUUUCCAAGAAAAUACAUUUUCAAGGAUUCAAAAGGCUCCAAGGUAUUGCUUUUUACCUUGCUGUUCAAAUCCUACCAUAAAGAGUUGGAUUUGCAAAAAUUCAAAGAGAAUUACUAUAGGAUGUAGGGAAGGUGAGGACAAGAAAUUAAAGCAUUACCACUUAUUCUAAAGCUAACUCAAAGAAAAUGAUUUAUUUGUAACUCUUCUUCCUGCUGUAGACACAAAGUAUUCCAGUUCAUCCUCAACCCUGAUCACCUAUCCUAAGACUUAGCCUUAAAAACGAUCUAUAAAGAAUAUUAGAAAUCACAAGGCACUUUGAUCAUGGCUACCUUUAAGCAAAAGUUGGCAAGGUUAUGAUUGUGAGGAAUUGGGGAAUGAAAGCUCUAUUGGCUUCAUACUUUUGAGAUAAAUUUCUCCAAACUAUCUUACCAGUUUUUGAUCACAUUUAGUGAGCCAGGCAUGAGUCAUUAAAUCAUUAUUGAAUUGAUUUAUUGGUGGAUAUGAGUAUUAAAGUAUACAACUUUGGAGCCAGGCCUAGAGAAAGUAGGUCCUGGGUUCAAAUGUGACCUCAAGUACUUCCUAGCUGUGUCACCUUGGGGCAACUCACUUAAUUCCCAUCGCCUAGCCCUUACCACUCUUCUACCUUGGAACCAAUGCAUAGUACUGAUUCUAAGAUGGAAGUAAAGGGUGUUUUUUUUUUUAAUGGACUACACAACUUUGGUUUGAUGUUGUUUUUCUUGAAAAUUGAAUUAACUUGCAUAUGGAAGAGUGAAUAAUGAAAUACUUGCAUGUCAACUGACAUUUAAAGAUCAGUUGUCAGUGAAAACCAAGAGUCAGGAGUCAAAAAGAGAAAAAUGAUUCAAUAAACUGUGUUGGCUCUUUCCCAAUUUCUCUUUUUAUUUUGAUCUCACUGACCUUACCUCAAUUGAGGGAUUGUAUUUUGUUACAAGGUUUACAAGGAAGUAAUUUCUAUCAACAUCAACCACAGAGUAAUUUCUAACUAACUCUCAAAGAAGUCCACAUUGGCAUAGUUUAUUAGAAAAUACUUCGUAUUUGUUCUUGCCACAAUCUCUUUCCCUUACUUUUCUUUCAGUGUACUACAAACUGUUUUUAUCUAUUUCUGUGGGCAAAGUCAGCAUUAACUAAAUUCCCUAAUUAAAUAACCCAUUAACUAAAUCCUCCCUGCCUUACUAUUUGCACUGUGGGUCAUUAAGCCCUGAUCUCUGAUCAGCUGAUGCACCCUAAAAAUUCUGAGGAUUGUCACCAAUCCUACAGCUGGACCCUUAAAAAUUUUCUGGCAUUUCUAGUCCACUUUGUAGCUGAAUUCUCUUAAAUAUUGCCUCCCUCAAUUAGAAUAUUAAUUUCUUGAGAGCAGGACAUUUCUUGCUUUAUAGUGUACCUCUGCUUAGCACAGUGCUUGACACAUAGGAAAUGUUUAAUAAAUGCUUUUAUAUUUAUUUGCCUUUUUCUCUUUCUCCCUUGUUUCUCUUGUAUCUUUUUCUUUUCAUCACCAGACUCUCCCCUCUUCAGUUUUUCAUUUCCUCUUUUUUUUGUAAAAUUAUCUCCCACUUCCUCUGCCAUGCUUCCUUCUGUUCUCUCACUCUCUUUCCCUUCUAUUCCAUUUGCUCCCUGAAUUUUGCCAAAACAACCAUGAAACAAGCAGUGUUCAACAAGGCCUCCAUUGCCAACCCACCCACUGUUUGCUUGGAUGGGCUUAAGAAGAUAAUUGGAUCAGCUGCAGGCAAGUUUCUUAAUAGCUAACAGGUGGCCAGCUAUCUUAACUGGUAGGAAAACUGCCAAUUUUGCCAAAGAAACCCUACAGGGAGUUUUGGAAGCAAAACACUUUGGAUGCCGAAGGUACAGGUGUGAGAUACAGGUGUAGGCUACACAGUGGAGUAAGAGACUCAUUAGGGUGCCUCCUCCCUUUGCUUCAGAAAUGAUAAAUGGGGAGGAGGGACUGAGAAAAGAUAGUAUGGUCAUCUUCUCUCCUGAUCUGUUAGCUCAGAGACAACCGUUUAAGCAAACCUACAGCUCUUUUCCUAUUCAAAGACAAAAAAGGGGGUGGGGUCAGAAGAGCUAUGUCAGUUUACUUUCAUUUUAAUUUAGAAAUUGGCCAGAUGGAGUUCAGACCCAUAGCUUUAAAAACAAAUGUUAAUCACAUGGAUGGCUUCUUCUGCCCAUGGAAGCAGACUGUGUGAUGAUCUGUCCUGGCCACAGCUAUUUGCUUUAGCUCAAUGGGGUAUUCCAUUGUCAAUAUGGUGCCAUCUACCGUUUUGAGGCCAGAGGCUGAGGGGAGGUCAGAAUCCCUACAACAAGUAUUAGUUCCACCUUAUACUCCAUCUCUACCUGCAAGCUUCCAUGCAAGAGGAAAAACUAUAAAUAGCUAAGAUAACAUAUAUAUAUAUAUAUAUAUAUAUUUAUAAAAUAACCCUCACUGGGAGCUUUAGGAUACCCCUCUGUACUAGAAGUAGGGGCAAUUGUUAUUUAGUGCCCUGUCCUCCCUUUAAUCAUGCAUGGUAAAUGAUCAAUUGCAAUCUGGUAAAUAAAUAUUUUUCUAUGUGG